AUGGAGGACUGCCUUCACACUUCCUCUGAAAAUCUUGCUAAACUGGUCAGCUGGGCCCACAGUCAUGGAACCAUUUGUAGUCUCAUUCCAAAUCUAAAACAUCUACUGUCAGAGGGGUCCCAUGGCAACCUGACAGCUAUGUGGGGCUGCAGUGCAGGCCACGCCUAUCACUGGCCUCUCACGGCAACCUGUAGGGCUGGUUCACAGGAAAGAGUGUGUUUCCAGGACAACAGAAGCUUCAAUUCGGACAGCCCCAGCAUCAUAGGCAUGCCCUCCGACACACAGACCAGCCCUGUGGAACGGUACGCUGGAAGGCCAGGGAAAGCUAAGCUGGACUGCAACAGAACCAGAGAUUCCUAUGAUUUCUCCUACUGCAGCGAGCCUUCGGAAUUAGAUGAAACUGUGGAGGAAUAUGAAGACGAAGCGACACUUUUCGAUAUGGUCUGCGAGUCCUCAGUGACAGAUGAAGACAGCGACUUUGAACCUCAUCCACAAAGAACUCAGACUGUUUCACGUAAAAGGCCAGGCCCGGGCCUGUCCUCCUCAUUUCAUUCAGGAUCUCAGGUUGUCGAUGGGAGCAGCGGUGAUCCUAUAGUAAAAAAAAUCAAGCAAGAAAUCCCUGAGGAUUAUUAUAUCGUGGCUAAUGCAGAGAUUACUGGCGGCAUUGAUGGGCCUACAUUAUCACUGACACAAAUGUCAAAACCCAAAACUCACCCCGGAGCUUCCUACCCUGUGCCACCUAAGCCAACUCCACAUACCUCACCUUCGCUCGGUGCUGAAUUUGAUUUACAAAGCGUCUCUGCCUCUUCGUCUGUCAUACCACGGCCAGUAGUUCAAAAGCCCCCCAAAAUCACUCUGGCUUCUCCAAGCAGAGGGCCUGGUAGCACCCCAGCAGCCAACCCUCAGGUAGCCCUCCAGAUGCCAGCCAGCACUUCCAACGCCGGCAAACAAAUAAGCAUUCCUUUAUCGGCUUUGCAGCUCCCUGGGCAAGAAGAGCAAGCCGCCUCGGAAGAUCUCCUCCAUCCUGUGUCUAACCAAGUUCCCAGCGAUGUGGCGUUAUCGCCUUCCGUUAGCACAGAGCCAGAAGUUAGCUCGAGCCAGCAGCAGCCAAGCACUGCUCCCACUGUCACCACUGAGCCAUUGGCACAGACAAUACCAGAUCAAGAUGAGAGAGCAGCUGAACUGAGCAGAGAGCAGAACGAGAAAACGAUCCGCAGCACCCAAACUGCUCUCCGUAACUUUAGAGAAUUCCUUAUCUCUAAAUAUCCCUCAGAAACCCGGGAGAUCUAUGUCAUUCCUUGCAAAGAACUGGAUGCUUACCUGGCUUCAUUCUUUGUUGACGCCCGCCAGAAGGAUGGUUCAGAAUAUGAGCCAAAUAGUUUGGCCAACUACCAGUGUGGCCUGGAGCGGUAUCUCAAGGAACACAGAUAUGGAUACAGUAUUACUCGGGAUAAGGAAUUCAAGAGGUCGCAAGAAGCACUGAAGCAAAAGCAGAUAGAACUACGGUGCAAAGGUAAAGGAAACAAGCCACACAAGUCCAUGAAGCUUACUUUUGCCGAUGAGCUUAUCCUGCGCAAAAGAGGCUUGCUGAGCCGAUAUAAUCCUGAAGGAUUGCUAAAUCUUGUCUGGCUUAACAAUACCAAGGCCUUUGGCCACUGUACAGGUUUCCAUGGGUCUACCCUCAAAUGGGGGGACAUAAGGCUUCGGGUGACAGAGACUGGAUUGGAAUAUUUGGAAUGGAUGGGCCAAGACAGCGGCGACGGCAGCACCAAAACCAAGAGAGGGGGCACAGACUCCAGGGUGUACGCAACACAGCAUGCGCCACAGACCUGCCCGGUGCAAGACUACAAAGAGUAUGCCCAAAGGCGGCCCCCUGCCAUGCGGUACGAGGAUGCCCCUUUCUACCUGUCCAUCAAGCCAGUUGUCAAUCUGGCUGCGCUUCACUGGUACAACUGUCAAGCUCUCGGUAAAAACAAGCUGGCCAAGAUGGUUAAGACCAUGUGCGAGAAGGGGAACAUCCCUGGUAGGAAGACCAACUUCAGUGUCUACCAGAGCUGCAGCACUCUCUCGGAAGCUCAGAGCAACCAGCUGGUGCUAAUCUGCAACAAUUUAAGCCAACAAGCUGCUCAGUCCAUGGCCAGCCACUCCAGCUCUGGCAACUUCAUCGUGUCUGCCUCUUAUGACUCUUCCUCGGACACUGCUUGAAAGGACUUGAAGUGGAGGACAGUCUUCUGUUUUAAGCUUUGGA